AUGUCACCACCUCGACCUAUUACAGGAAGAAUUGGUAGUCGGAUUAAGGUUGUACUUCCAGAUGAUGGAAAUUCCUGGUUGCUCGUAUUGGAUCAUGAUGAUGGAAACCGAGAGUGGCAGUCUCAAGAUUGGAGAUCAAUUCCUAAUGGAUUGUCCAAACAAAUAAAAAUUGCAAAGCGAAAGGGAGAAAUGUCCAAGACGUUGAUUUCGGUCCUGAUGAUACGUGGUAUGUCCAUGGAGCCAAACCCGAUGGUCGUUGGUCUGGUGGUUUGGAUCAAGCACAUUCCAGCGUUGUAUACUGUAAAAACUGUGCCACGUGAAGCAGAUGAGCGCAUUUCAGAAUUGACAUCACCGAUACCAGUCAGCAUCCCUGAACAGCAUACCCAAUCCAAGGGGACAUUCUCAGAGCAUCCUCUUGCAGUAGCUUGCGCAAUGGGAAAACGCAAGCCUGUUCCAAAACGAAAUGCAAAUCCCACAGUGUCCGAAGUUGUGCCACCAGUGCCUCCGGAGAAUACGGAAGAGGAAAAGCAAAGGAAACGACGACGACUGAUCAUUGAUGAUAACGAAGAUACGGUCUUUGAAGAUCCUAAUGAUGAUUCAGGGCAUAAUGAAGAAGUCGUUGUGGUUGGUGUCUCUUCGGACAAUGAGAAUGGGAAGCAUGAUAAUGCUGCUGAUACUUCUGAAAAUGAUGAUUCAAGCGACAGUUCCACCAUUCGACUACCACAGCAUGAAGUCUUGGCGCAAGCUCUGAAUGAAAUAUUCUCCUCUCAUGUUCAACGAUCAUCCAAUUGUUAUGAGCAAGCCAAUCGUUCACUUCGCCUCAUAUCAGACAAGAAUCAUCUUGAGAUUUGUUUGAAGUGUGUUGUCUUUGAGAAGGAGUAUGAGGGAAACUCCUCAGCUGUACUUUCUGCAAUUAUGGAACAUGGUAUGCUUUGCGUCCAUGUCAGUCAUAAUGAAGGAAAAGGUAUAGAGAUACCGCCUAGGCGGCACUGCAUUUUCCAGAGACAAUUCCAGCCUCCUGAAAAGCUCAACGAAAGAACGAAAUCCUAUAGUUUGCAAAUCUCAAUAACAGAUGCCGCGUUUGAAUUGGCGGCACCAGGGGAAGUCUCUACCUAUCUCCUAGGAACAAAUUCUAUCCGAAUGCGAACACACAAGAGCCUUCGUAGCACACUUGCGCUUCGAAAAGCCCUAGCACAAAUCUUUCCGAAAUCCUUGAUUCAUGCGGUCGACAACGAUCCAUCGGGCAAGAAUAUGGAACCGAUCCGGGCAAGCUUUGUCUACCAGCUAAUUGACAAUUGCCGUUUUGAACAGAGAUGUAAGGAAAUGAAAGAGAAAGGCGACGAUGCCCCGCCGCGAGUUGUGGAUGGAUUACAGCCAGAAAUGCGGGAGUAUCAGAGUUUUGCUGUCGAAUGGAUGCUACGUCGAGAACAACAGGAGGCGAACAAAGAUGACGGGAUAUGGCAAGUAUGCUGGCUUGUCCUUUGUCAUGAUGGUGUGACACCUUUGACUAGAUUUCUGGAGACACAAGAGGAUAGACAAGACCAGCAGUUUGACCCGUUGGUAUUUUUGAAUCCCUUCACUGGUGCCUUAUGCCGUAGCUUACAAGAGGCACGGUUAGCUUCAGUUGGACCCAAAUGCGCUGGAGUGCGAGGCGGCAUUUUGGCGGAAAGUAUGGGCCUAGGAAAAACAGUAGAGGUUCUGGCAUGCAUCUUGUCACACCCGAGACCAAUGGAUGAUACCACGAAUGUGUCAUUAGAAACAAUACUUGCCGAGGAACAGGGAAUUAAGGGUGUGGCAUUCCAACAGACACUAUCGGAGCUUCAGGAUCCCUUGAGCUAUAAAAACGAUCAUAGGUGUCCCAGCUGUAGCGCUAAAUCUUGUUCAAAGGAGCCAAUUAAGUCACGGGGCACACUAAUCGUGACACCUCCUGCAAUUUUGGAACAAUGGGCACGAGAAAUAAGGAGACAUUCAUCUAAAACAUUGAAGAUUGUCAUCUACCGUGGAGUGAAGCAGCUAUGCGACGGCAAGAUUGAUGUGGAAGAGCGCUUGCUGAUUCAUCCACAUGUUCUGGCUGAUGCAGAUAUUGUAUUGACAACCUUCCCAGUCUUGAAUUCCGAGUUACCACACAGUGACAAUCAAUUCUUGAAUGGAGGCAAAUCCUUUCGAGCCAAAAAGAGGUACAGGGUGGUUCCGUCGCCUCUGAAUAGUAUACAGUGGUGGCGGAUUUGUCUGGACGAGGCACAACGAGUCGAAGGAACUGCUGCUGCUGCCGCAAAAAUGGCGCUCAGACUACAUGCCAAGCAACGAUGGUGUGUGACGGGAACUCCCAUUGGGCGUGGAAAGCUUGAUGACUUGUAUGGUUUACUUCUCUUUAUUGGCAUCAUGCCCUUUCAGCUGAAAGACUCGUUUCGACAUUGUCACCACAGCUUUCUUCCUGGACUGGAGGAACGGAUAAAGCACAUGUUGUAUCCUAUCUUUUGGCGAAGUACGAAAUCCAAUCCACACAUUCGAGUGCAGCUUGGAAUUCCGGAACAGAUCGAAAGGAAAGUCGUUCUGGACUUCUCGUCCAUCGAGCGCCACUUUUACAAGAAGCAACUGGAGCAAACACUUCUAGUCGUCAACGAAGGAUUGAAAGGAAAAAAGAAAAUGGAACGGAUAUCCGGCGGAUUGCAUUCUCUUCGUGCCGCGUGUUGCCAUCCCCAAGUUGGAUCAUCCGGAAUACAAAAAUUGGGACGAAGAGGUGCUAGUGGCCUGUCAAAUCGAGUUCUGAGUAUGCAGCAAGUUUUGGAUAAGAUUAUCGACGAUGCUCGGACAAAGUGUGAGGAAUCGCAGCGCAUUGCCACUUUGCACACAAACGCUUUGGCUUGCAUAUCGAAGUUGAAAGUCGAACUGAAGCAGUGGGAAGAUGCCCCUUUUCAAGUGCAAGAGAGCGACGAAACUCUACUUGACACCAGUUCAAAGUUAUACUCGGAGGCUCUCGAGCUGACUGACAAAAAUGCAGAACCAAGUCCAGUUGUCGGAGAAGCUAUUAUUAGUGGAUGCGAGUCAUUGGAGGGUCAAACAGAAGUCUGUAGAGAUGGUCGGGUCGUUCUAAGAUGGAAACUCGAAGACCCAAAGAAUGAUUUCAGCACGCUGGACGAUGUUUGGGCUAAUGCAGAAUUUAGCUCUGGGAAGAAGUUGACAGCGUUCAAAGUGAGACCGCUCGUUUCAUCUUAUGGCACUUCUGCGACACACAUUAUCCCAAAAACAUGCGUCUUGCAAGUUGCGCUUGCUUCAUUGGGUGGCUCAUUUGUCGAUGUUCGAAGGUUCUCCUUUGAUAAACAAGCUGCAACUGAUUGGCUGUCAUUCGGCGGGAUCAGAACAAAUCGAUCCAAGAUCUGGCGUAUUCGCAUCGAAAGUGCGUUCUCGCCGAAGGCUCCAAUGGAUGGAAACAACGAUUCCUCCAUUGUUGGCUUGGAAGUCAAUUUCAUGGAGCCGUCAGUUGGGCAAGAUGAUCUUCAGCGGAUGCAUAUUCUUCAUAAUUCAACGAAUGUGGUCGACUCACUGAUCCAGCUCAAGAGAAAUUCACCCGAUCCAUCGUCUGGUGAAGCUCUGAAUGGUCUCGAGACUAGACUUAAGAAAUUCAACGGUGAGUUGACCACUCUUGAGUCCAACUACUUGGGCUUUGCAAAAUCGAAUCAUCGCGCUUCGCAAGUUCAGCUUCAACAACUUCGAAAGCAACAAUAUCGAUUGGAAGAAGAAUUCUAUAGACUUUCCGGCCAAGAAAAGCUGAAGAAGAAAGAAAAAGAACGAUGGUGGCAAGACCUGCUGUCGCUACUGGCAGUCGAUGUGGAUGGCAAGAGACUUUCUUCCCAUGCUAAGGAUUACUUGUGCAAUGUAGUUAAGAACGAUCUCUACGAACUGUUCAAUGGCGAUUUCAGUCAUGGUUCGACAGGCUUUCCUCAAUUUGAAUCCAUCGCUGGUUUGCAAAUGGCAUUGCAAUCACGUCUUGAGCGGUUGCAUUCUUCCCGGAUGUGGAUGAAGCGCGUCGUUGAGUUGUCUGACGACCCGUCAAUGGGUGAGAUUCUAGAGAACUCGACGUGUCGCAAGUGCCGAGCAGAUUGGUUUCAAACCGGACCAGUGUGUCGUCAUUGCAAGUUGGAGGAAACCAUGUUGGAAUACGAGACUGGUCUCAACGACCGUGUCUUUCUCACCAUCCUAAAGUCUAUUGCGCGGUGGCUGUCAGACGUACCAUCGAAAUAUCAUUUGGGACAUGGACAAGUCCUCGACAUGGUCGUUAGUUAUCAGGAUCAAGCAGAUGCAUACUUGAAACUUGUGGAAUGUGAACGAAAAGAACUAGCUGCUGCCAAACGACAUUGGCGAGUUCACUUUGAUAUGUUAUCGGACUAUGACGAAUUGAAUGCCUGCAAAAGCACGAUGCGACUUCCACGGGUUGGAGAAAAGCUGAGCUCUCUGCCUCAACAAGAGCUGGACAGAAUUGUGAUUCCACGCAAUAUGCCAGCACUGGUAAUGGAUCACAAGGUAAAGCAGGCUAGUGCGCUAGCAGCGCUACGUCGUGACAUUGCUUGCUUGCGGUAUCUAAAGAACCAAUCCGUGGAACAAGGUCGAUCUACUGAUGAUGAAACGAAAAAGGAGAAACCGACAUGCCCAGUCUGUCUCACAGAAUUUGGUUUGGCGGAUCGAGCCGUUUUGAAAUGUGGACACUCCUUGCACACAAAGUGCAUUGACGAAAUAUUGAAGAGAAGUUCUGGUAGCAGCAGUAUUGUUCGUUGUCCCAUGAAAUGUCUCAGUAUGACGAGCCGAGACGAAAUAUUGAUUGCCGCCGCAGAGGAUUCACUGAAACAGCAAGAUCCAAGGAGCACUGUUAUUGUUCACAAUAAUAAUAAGAAGUUUGAAGGAUCCUGGGGCACCAAAGUGGAUCGCUUGAUUGGAGAUUUGAUGGAAGUUAUAGAGAAAGGAGAACGAUGCCUUGUCUUUUCGCAGUGGGACGAAAUGCUGGCCAUUGUCGAGAGUGCAUUGUUUGCGAACAAGAUUGCAUUUACGCACCCCAAAGGUGCCAAAUCCUUUGGUGCCAGCGCCCAAGCCUUGCGGUCGACCUGCCAAGUCAUGCUUUUAAAUGUCAAGAGCGGUGCCGAAGGUCUGACUCUGGUCGAAGCGACCCAUGUAUUCAUGAUUGAACCCUUGAUGGAUAGUGGCCUGGAUUCCCAAGCCAUUAAUCGAGUGCAUCGCAUUGGACAAACUGCAAAGACAUAUGUGCAUCGUUACAUUAUCCAGAAUACGAUUGAGGAAAAGAUUGACGCCAUUCGAAUGGAUCGUCAAGUGACCUACGAAGACGAGGGUGAAGCUUCCUUACUUGUUUCGACGACGACAAAGAACUCCAAGGACAGCAAGAUUCCAGCCGGAGGUUUGGAUGGGGGACUCACAUCGGAGGAACUGAGAGAAAUUCUAUCUUCGAUAUGA